CGAUCUGUAUCAUCUGUAAUCUUUUAUCUGUGGUUUAGUUGGAGACUCGGAAACAUCCAUCGUGUUGUAAACACUUUUUAUUAUUUUUUAAGUUUUUAUUUGUCCAGUAGAUGUAAUUAACCGGGAAAGAUGUGCAAGUGAUAAUGUGUUUGUCUUAGAUAUGUUUAUGUUCGCCUCUUACACUGGAAUUUAGACGGACAAUACCUUAGGACAAAAUGUGUCGCAUUGGGUUUUUUGUGUUUAUUUGUUUUCUACAAUAUGUAGCUGCGUUUAGUGGGCUGUGUGGGAGAAAUAACUCGGAGCUCAGCUGUACAACAGAGAUCCUCGGCCAAAGAAGCACGGACUAUGACACCUGUAAGAUGAAAGUAUUCCCUCCGGACAGUCAUGAAUGUGGCGCCAUGACUUUCGGACCAUUAUCUCCGAACACUCAUAUCGGGGGCGUGACUCUCAAACCAUACAUCGUGACCAUGCGACACAACACCUUCUACGUCAACCACACGGUCCUGAAUAUUACUUUCAGUAAUAUUAAAUGGAAGACCAUGAAGUUCCGAUUCCAAGACAAGUAUAGAGAAAAUAAGAACCACUGCAGAACUAUAACCAUAUCAAAUGACAUCACAAUCGACGAUGAAUCCGUGCUUUUCUACGACUGUUACUGGCCGAAGACAGAUGAUAGAGAUGGACAAAGCCAUACCCUGGACUUCGAAGCCGUAGCUGAUGAUAAAACUGUUAAUAGAGGAAAAUAUUACUUCAACAUUCCCUCUGCUGAGAUGCUUAGCUUAACAACAACAGAAGAUAGAUGGAAGCCGUUCAUCUACAUAGAAAUCUUCAACAGCAUCAUGCGUCUCCACGUAAUGCCACCUCCUCGACAAUUGAAAAUAAACGCCUACCGCAUCAGGGUUGUCACUGUCGGUGUCAGACGAGACGUGCAAUCUGCUAGAGUACCUCUAAAGAAUAAUACGGAAGAAGUGACCUAUGACUACAACUUCGUCGGUACAAAUGGGUCCGUCAGCUUCAUAGUGACACCCCUACAUGAUCAAUGUGAGAUGGAAGGUGCCGGGUGCACGUCUGUGGAAAGUCCAAGGAUUAAGAUUAGCAGCGAGCCUCAGACCCUUAACAUCUGCAUAGCGAGUAUCACGGCUCUGAUCGUGGCCACUCUGUUCGCAUACUACAUCGUACUGCGACUCAUGCGGCGCUACUGUUGCCACGAUAGAUAUAGAGAGGAAUUACCUCUUAUGAUCCCGACACCACCGAAGAUCUUGGUAGUAUAUUCCCCAGCGAACCGGCUCCACGCGGAAUGCGUGAUGUCGUUCGUCACAUACCUUCGAUCGGAGUAUGGCUUCGACAUUAUGUUCGAUGGAGACAUUUCCACCACUCUUAAAGACCCAUACAACUGGGCACAGAAAGCCUUCGAGCUGGCCACACACGUACUCUACGUAGUCGGUCCCGCAAAGGAAGCAAACUCCUUCAAAAACAUAUACGAUGAUCCCAUAAUAAGUCCCCUACAAAACGUCGAUGUCCUACUCCUAUCUUUCGUGAGAGCCAACAGAAGCACUAAGGAGGUCAUCAACGUCAAGUUCGAUCAUUCCAAUGACGAAGUCCCCGAGGAAACUAAACAUGCUAAGACCUUCGUUCUACUCAAAGAUUGGCAGAAACUGAUAUCAUAUCUGUCCAAAGACUUGCUCCCUAAAGUACAUAUAAUGCGUUCAGAGAGAGGUAAGCGCUUCUACGAAGAUUUGAACAGGGCCAAAAAGCUGUUGGGCGCCAAAAAUGAUGAGGUCAGCCUGCAGUACGAGAAGGUAAAGAAUUUUGAAAAGAAAAUUUUGGUGUAAAUUGACACCGGGUUUUGGGCACAGUAGGUACGUAUUGCGUACGGAAAUGUGGCGGGAGACUCGAGAUUUUUAUUAAACUUGCGUCUCAUAUAUUUACUCAGUUAUUGUCAAGAUAUUUAUGUAUAGUUGGUAUAGGGUACGAAGGUAGUAAAAGUCUCGUUAUGCACAAGCCCCGCCCACCGACUCCUACGCUUAAGGAUAGCUAAACAUCUUUGUUGGACGUACGUAAUUUGAACGUCGAACUACGGCGUAUAUGUUGUCUAUUGUUUGUAACCGUACUGAAUGUUUAGUAUUGUUGUGUUGGGACUAAAUAAUAAUACGGAAAAAUAAUAAAAAUCUUAGUUUUAUGAACAGGCUUAAUUUAGAGUGUUAAAAAGAAAAUUAAAAAAGUUAAAUGUUAUAUCCACGAUAGGUUAAGUACCAUUAUUAUUAUUAUUAUUUAGUCACAAUCUGUAAUGAAAUAUUUUUCGAUUGAAACUUCAGAAUGUUUAUUUAGUGUUACGUAUAAUAAGACAAGAUAUAAAUUGAAUUUGAUAAUAUAUUUAUCCGUGUAACUUAAUGAAAUGAUACGAAAAAAAUACAAAAAAAUAAAUAUAUAAGAAGAGCGUAUACAUGGCUCCAGAAUAAAUAGAAAUCAUUAAAUGAUUAUAUUUUUAUUCUGUGAACGUAUUUUAAUGUUAGACUUUCAGUUGCGAUUGAAGGCGUCACUCUUAGAUGUAUAUCUGUCUCUUUCUCGCACACAGAUUGUAUAUAACGCUGUCUCGCAACGAUAUCUUUCUAACAUGGAAUACGAGAAUAUGUCAGAUAUUGUAAUUUGUUUGUUUCGAAAUUGAAAUCCGACUAAGAACAUAACUGCUGAAGAGAUGGUAGGUUUUAAAGGUUGAUCAAAUAUAUUCUUGGACAAAUAAAAACUAUCUAGUCACAGAUGUUGAAGGAAAGUAGCUCUUAUAGCUAACUGAAUAAAGCCCAAAUUUCUCUAAGUUUGAUACAUGAAGGUUGUAAUAUUUUUAAUACCAAAGACGAACAAUGAAAAAUUUCAAUUUCGAAAUAUCAAUCUUGAGUGGAAGGCAGUAGGGUCGCAAUCCCUGUAUACCUCUUCCGGAUUCAUAAAUAUUUUUGUGGUGAUUUAUAACUGUUGUCUAUCCCAGUACGAUGCAUAUCUAAUUGCUUUUAGUAAUAAGUAUUUUUAUAAUUAAUAUUUUUUACGUUUAAUUUUUCUAAUGGCAUUAUUCACUUUUUGAACGUCGCUCCUUUAUCCCACCAGACAAUAGUCUGCAAAUAUAUUCUGUGGUAUAAGGUAUCAUGUUACUUUUAAUACCUACUAGGUGUAUAUUUCCUGCGUUUUUUUAUAUUUUUUUUUAUGAGGAAAACACACACAACUUUUUUAUAAUUCAUGAGGAAAUAGAUGUCAAAGAAAAUUAAUCCUUAUUGCUUUACUAACGAAUCGAAUUGGCGUUCAAAGAGUCGAAACAUUUUACUAACAGUACCUUUAAGAUGUUCAUUUUCUUUAUAAACGUUUUAAAUUAAUUGCAUAUCUUAAGUAUCGAUGGCGGAUUAAAUAAUUUUAGUACGUAAUUACUUGGAACUUGUGUAAAAUCUUUUCUUCGUACAGAAUUUUCCGAAUUUUCUCUUUAAAUUUGGUGUGCCAUAAACUACACUGAAUCGGUGUUGUUACUUCGUGUAAAAUGUCGGUGUUUGACCACAUUACACUAAUCAAGGACUUUGAAAAAAGGUGGACAUAGUCUCUUGAAACAAUGACUGUGUCGCGAAGGACAUCUGUCGCGCGACAAGGCCCGUCAUUACACUUCAUACAUUACGGUGUUGCAAGUACACGGACACAUUAAUAUACCACUGACAUUUCAGUGCUUCAAUCAUUUCUAGGUGACAUUAGUUAGCCAUUUUUUCAACGUCCUUGAUACUAAUGCACUAAAUAACUGGAGUGAUUACUAAAUACUUAUAUAUAUGACCUUUUUAUAUAAGUAUAUACGGAAUGAUAACGUCAUAUAUAUUAUAAAUGAGGCGCACAACUAUCGCAUAAAAUUUUUCUACGGUCUUUUAUACCGCCUGUAUAUUAUACAGGGUGUUGCAAGUAUACAAUUUAUAUUUAGUUCCACCUGUGUAUACAAUAUUUGUAUUGUUUUAUAGUAAAUUAGAUUCCUUUGUAUGUCUUGAAACUGAGGCAUGCAAUUAUCUUAUGAAUUUCAUGAAAUCGAAUAUAAGGUUUCACGUGAUAUAAAAUUUAUCUCCCUUACGCUUUUACUGCUUAUAUUUUUUUUAAAUAAAAUGAGUUUUUAUUCCAAACAGCUGGUAUGCUGGAAUAAGAAGACUUCUUUUUUGGUUGUUGCAAUCUUUCGCUUAGUAUUGCUAGCAUUAAUAUAAUUGUUAUUGAUAUUAUGGACUAGCAACUCUGGUUAUUUAGUGUAAUAUUUGUACCUUUUUAUAUACCUGUUUCCUCGUUGAUCUCAUCGGUAAAAAAACUGUUGGAGUGUGUUCUAUAUUGAUAAAGGACCUUUCAAUUAUUAAGCUCAAAAUAUUAUACCUUGUGAUGUAUUUUUUAUAAAUAAAGUCGUAAAUAACAUA